UUUUGACUGAUUUUUUACUUAAUCGAAAUAGUCGCUUUUUGUUUUUUUCGUGUAAAAAAAAAAAAAAAUUUAAAUUCUCAAUUGUCCGGGAUGAAAAAAUAUCUUUUCGAUUCAAUUAUCGAGGAUUUAAAAAGUUUAACGCAACAAAAUGGCGUCAAUCAAAUGAAGAUUAAUAUUGAUUUUCUUUGUAAUAAAUAUUCAUUAAAUUUUUCUCUUAUUUACAGUUUGGUCAGCUAUGAAUUUCGUCGAGAAUAUCCGAAUAAAUAUUCAAAUACCAAAGCUAAUAUGCAACAGAUUCUACACGAAUGGAAUGAUACUGCCACCACUCGAACGUUAUCUAUCCUAGAAUUGGCACAAAAAUACAAUGUAUGUGCUUAUUCAUUGAUGCGAUAUAUUGUUAAUCAAACAUCGCCAAACAAAGAUACAGCCAAACUAUGGCUAAAGAAUCCCAAUCAUUGUGCUAAUGGACGAUUAGCUUAUGAAAUCAUGGAAAUCAAUUUAUAUGAUUUAAUGGAUGGUGUUUUCUCACAAAAAAUCAGUCUAAAUGUUGGUAUGGCCUUUGAGAUGGAAAUUCGUGAUUAUUUACAACAGAAUCAAGUUUCAUUCCUAUGUGAACAACAGUUACGUGAUCGAAAUUAUGAUGUAACGCCAGAUUUUCGUCUUAAUCUGCCAUUAGUGUUGAUACGACAAUCAAACAACAACAACAACAAAGAUGAUGACAACAAUGUACGAUUAUUUCGUAUCAAUAAAAUGGAUCAAAUCAAACAAGAAUCAAUCGACAAUAAUGAUGAACGAAUAAUGUUGAUCACAUGGAUCGAAUGUAAAGCAAUGUUUGCAUCGAUCGAUUGUCAUAUCGAUUAUUAUGAAAGACAAUAUCUUUCAUAUAUAAAUCGUUUCGGUAAUGGUAUUGUCCUCUAUAAACAUGGUUUCAUCGAUGAUGCUAUACCGGCAGAGUUUACUCGUAAUUUAAUCAUCAUGCAACAGAUGCCAGCAUUUGCUUGAUUACGUUGAUUUUAUUUGUUUUUUUUGUUUUAUUUGAGAAAAUUUUAAAUUUUACUUGUAAUAAAUAUUUGAAAUCUAAUUACUAAAUCUGUG